UAGACACACGUGCGACACACACAAGCCAGACAAACAUAAAUGAACUCUGCACACAGCACAGCUGCGAAGGAGGGUUUGUUUUGCAAUGGUUUGUUGAUACAUUAUGUUGAAAAGGUCAGCAAGAUGGUCAAAAAUUGCCACUCACCAAUGGAUCUGCAACCACUUGAUACAACAGCCAUCAGUUGGUAUCCAGUGCUGUUCCAACUACUGCACAUCCCCUUCUAAUCGACCAUCAAGGUUCAAUCCUAUCAAAAUACAGAUGAUAUCAGAGUCCCUUCACAAGCAAAUAUUCAAAAACAGUACAAAUACAGAACAAGAACCAAGAAAAGAAAUAAUUAACAAAAGCAUAGAGGAAUUAAAAGCACAUGGUCUUUGGGGCAAAAAAGGAUCAAUACUUCCUGAUGUACAACUUAAUCUUCCUACAUUACUGGGUGAUAAUAUUGAUGAACACUUUAGGGAAAUUUCCAAGAGACAAGUAAAACCAUAUGUACGAUUGGCAGGCUCGCUUACUAAAAAUCCAUUGCCUCCAAUGCCGCAAGAAUGGGUUAUGCGCAGUGGAUGGACUCGUUAUGAUGCAAAAGGUGGAAUUGACAAAGUAAAUUAUCCUCGGGAAGAUGCUGUUGUGUUUGAUGUGGAAGUUUGUAUGAGUGAAGGCAGUUUGCCAACAUUGGCAGUUGCAGUUUCCCCAAAAGCUUGGUACUCGUGGUGUAGUCCAAACCUGACAGAAGACCAUCUAGUGAUUUCAUCAAGUACGGGAACACCAAAGGCAUCGUUGAAAGAUUUGAUAUCUCUUGAGAACCCGACAAAAGGAGGUCAGCCUCGUCUAGUUAUCGGCCACAAUGUCAGUUAUGAUCGAUCAUAUGUCAAAGAGCAAUACUUCAUUAAGGGAACCAAGUUGCGAUUUCUUGAUACCCUAAGCUUACACAUGUGCGUUUCUGGGCUGACAACAUUCCAACGAUCUCUUUGGAAAGCCUCAAGAUCUUCAAAAGGUAGCAACAGCAAAGAAGUUCGUGAACACAAUGAGAAAGUGAAACGGAAAACCGGCUUUGCGACCCAUCAUCCCUGGUUAGAUGAGGGCAGUCCUAACAGCUUAGCUGAUGUGUACGCCCUCUAUAAUGAUGCAGGAAAGAAACUGGACAAGAGCAAGAGAGAUGUGUUUGUAACUGGUACCAUUCAAGAUGUCAGAGUGCAAUUUCAGGAUCUUAUGUUAUACUGUGCUAAAGAUGUUGCUGCAACUCAUGAAAUAUUUGUGAAACUUCUAGAAGAAUUUUGUGUGAGGUUUCCUCAUCCUGUUACAUUCGCUGGGAUGCUUGAGAUGGGACAAGCGUACUUGCCAGUCAAUCAGAAUUGGGACCGGUACCUUCAAGAGUCACAAGAAUCUUACCAGAACCUCCAACAGGAGAUGAAGCUGUCGCUGAUGCACCUUGCAAAUGACGCCUGCUCCUUGUUAAACCAUGAAAAUUAUAAAUCAGAUCCUUGGCUAUGGGAUUUAGAUUGGGGAUGUACACAAAUGAGAUUAAAAAAGGAGACAAAUUCAAAUGAGAAAGGGAAAAAAAACAAAAAAGAGUGUAACUCGGAGAAGGAACUUGGAGAGAAGUGUACCAUAGUAAAUGAAUCGGUGGAACAGAAAGACAUACAGUCUACUAGUGAAGAUGAUGGGGACGAAGUUGCAAUGCGUCAGCGUAUCCAAUCGGUCCUUGAAACGUCAAAACGUCUUCCAAAAGUUAAACAGCAUAUGACAGGAUACCCAAACUGGUAUCGUGAACUCUGCCCAAAAGCUAGAAGUCCUGAUUGGGCGCCAGGCCCUGUCCAGAUCAGCUCACAAGUACGAGUCACACCCAAGCUGCUUAGGCUCACUUGGGAUGGUUACCCCUUGUACCAUGAUUUAAAGCACGGCUGGGGAUUUCUAGUUCCAAAAAGUCAAGGAGACCAGGAAGAGAGAUCUGAAAUGGAAUUAGAAGAAGAACCAAAAAAUAAAGAUACAAAUGGAAAGAAGGAAAAACCAAAUCCAAAAUUUCCAGUAAAGGCUUUGCUGAGGAUGUUAAGUAAUUCUGAGAACUCAACUCUAAGAAAAAAAGAAUGCAUUCAUAAAGAUCAAUCAAAAAUAAAUUCACAAGACACAGAUGACCAGACUAGUGAGGAUGAGUCGGAGAGUGAGGGCGCUCAACAUCAAUCCAAACUCUACAAGGAUGUACUUGUUGAUGGCUGCCAUUUUUACAAGCUUCCUCACAAGGAUGGUUUCCGGUUUAACGUUGGCAAUCCCUUAGCAAAAGAUUUCUUGAGCAAGAUGGAAGACGGCACAUUAAAAGCUUCUGGUGGGGCCCAAGCAGACCGCAUUCUAGAAAUCAACAAAUUCAUUUCAUUCUGGCGCAAUGCACAGAAAAGAAUAAAUUCUCAGUUUGUUGUUGGUCUUGAGAAAAAUCAUCUUUCUCAGGCCACAACUGAAAGCGAGCUUUACGAUGAAGAUAAUUUCUAUGGCGCUAUCCUACCACGUGUUAUAACAAGUGGAACAGUUACAAGACGAGCUGUCGAACCGACCUGGUUAACAGCGAGUAAUGCGCGGGAAGAUAGAGUUGGUAGUGAGCUGAAGUCGAUGGUACAGGCGCCCCCUGGGUAUCAUUUUGUGGGUGCUGAUGUUGAUUCGCAAGAACUAUGGAUCGCUGCUCUGCUAGGCGAUGCCAACUUUUGUGGUUUCCAUGGCUGUACAGCAUUUGGUUGGAUGAACUUGCAAGGGAAAAAAUCCAAUGAAACAGACCUCCAUAGUAAGACAGCUAGUACUGUAUCCAUCAGCAGAGAUCAGGCUAAGGUAUUUAAUUAUGGGAGAAUUUAUGGAGCUGGUCAGACAUUUGCGGUGCGUCUGUUGAUGCAGUUUAAUCAUCGGUUGGGUUUGAUGGAAGCAAAGGAAAAAGCAAAAACAAUGUAUGAGGCAACGAAAGGAACCAGGAUGUUUAAACUGACCGAGGCAGGAAUUGAAGCCAUGGAAUCUGUUGACUUGCAACCAGACCGAGACAACCUCAUUGGCUACAAAACACUCAGAACUUUGGCCAGGCGCCUCAACACCAACCAAGAACUUGUGACUGAGGAUCUAACAGAGGGAAUGCAGUGGACAGGUGGCAGUGAGUCAGCCAUGUUCAACAAGCUUGAGAGCAUCGCUGACUCUGCCCAACCCAAGACGCCCGUCCUGCAGUGUCGCAUCACUCGAGCUUUAGAACCAGAUAGUGUGAAUAAUGAGUUUCUGACGAGUAGAGUGAACUGGGUAGUUCAAAGUUCAGCCGUCGACUACCUCCACCUGAUGCUUGUCAGCAUGCGGUGGUUGUUUGAGGAGUAUGAGAUUGAUGGCCGAUUUUGUAUCAGUAUUCACGAUGAGGUGCGAUAUCUUGUGAACAGUGAGGAUCGUUUCCGUGCUGCUCUGGCCCUUCAGAUUACCAACAUUCUCACUCGGUCUGUGUUUGCGUAUAACGUUGGUAUGCAUGAUUUACCUCAGUCCGUAGCAUUCUUCAGUGCAGUCGACAUUGACACAGUUUUAAGGAAAGAGGUCACAAUGGACUGCAAGACGCCCUCUAAUCCCCACGGUCUCCAGAAAGGCUACGGCAUCUCUUUAGGUAAGAUAUUUAAAGUUAUUCAACGUAUAUUGGCUCUCACAAGUUGAUCACAUAUAUAGCGU